AUGAGCACAGGUCUGAUUGACAAUGGAGCUUAUGUCAUCAUGUGGGUCAUGGCCAUCCCUACUGAUCGUUCCAUCUCUGCAAACCAGCCAGACAUUAUGCUCCAUGACAAGAACAACAAAAUGUGUUACUUGCUUGAUGUGACUAUCCCGAAUGACAAAACCCUCCUAAAGAAAGAAGCAGAGAAAAUAACAAAGGACCUGGAGGUACAAGUCCAACGCAUAUUCUCACUUUGUGCGGCGCAAGAAACAGUAACGAGACUGCCCCUGACAAACAGCCUCAGUGUGAGUAAAAAAACAUUGGAGUCACACAACAGGAUGAUGCUGGAGCCUCUGGCCAUCAGUGACUCAGAGAUGUUUUCUAUAAUAAAAAAGGAGAAGCAAAAGCAGAUGUAUGGUCUGGAGCUCAUAGCAUCCGUGAACUUCACCAGCAGAGCUGUCCUCGAGGCUCUUGGUUCCUGUAUGAACAACAAGUACACUAAGAAUUCCCCUAUCCUUAGGUAUUACAAUUGUACAGAAAAUGUUGCUGAGGUGGAGAGACUAUGCCAGACGAGGGCGCUUGAAGCCUUUGACCUGGAUUCAAAGAAAUGGGGAGUCAACGUGCGGCCAUACUCGGGCUCUCCAGCUAACUUUGCCAUCUACACGGCUGUCGUGGAGCCACACGGAAGGAUCAUGGGACUGGACCUUCCUGAUGGGGGUCACCUGACACAUGGCUUUAUGACUGAGAAGAAAAAAAUCUCAGCAACAUCCAUCUUCUUUGAAUCCAUGCCUUACAAGGUGAAUCCAGAAACAGGCUACAUUGACUAUGACAAACUACAAGAACAUGCUCGACUGUUCCAACCCAAGCUCAUAAUUGCAGGAACAAGUUGUUAUUCUCGCAACCUUGACUACACCCGCCUAAAGCAGGUUGCAACUGAGAAUGGUGCAUAUCUAAUGGGAGACAUGGCUCACAUCAGUGGGUUAGUGGCUGCUGGAGUGGUGCCCUCACCCUUUGAGCAUUGUGACAUCGUUUCCACAACAACUUACAAGACGUUGCGUGGCUGUCGUGCUGGACUUAUAUUUUAUAGAAAAGGUGUUGCUGUGGCUCUUAAACAAGCCAUGACACCAGAGUUCAAGGCCUACCAGUCACAGGUUCUUGAGAACUGCAAAGCUCUGUCCGAUACCCUCAUAGAUCUUGGUUACAAGAUUGUCACAGGUGGUUCAGACAACCAUCUAAUGCUUCUGGAUCUGCAAAAUAAAGGAAGUGAUGGAAUAAGAGCUGAGAAUGUUCUGGAGGCUUGUGGCAUUUCUUGUAACACGAACAAUUGUCCAGGAGACAAUGGUGCUGCCCCUCCUAGUGGACUGAGGUUUGGUUCUGCAGCUCUGACCUCUAGAGGCUUUGUGGAGGAAGACUUCCAAAAAGUUGCUUACUUCAUUCACAGAGGUAUAGAGCUGACUCUGGAGGUGCAGAGAAGUCUGGAUCCUAAGGCCACUCUGAAGGAGUUCACCCAGGCGAUGUCUCAGAGAGACAAGUUCAAGCACCGGGUGGCUGAGAUCAGGGCUGAAGUUGAGGCCUUUGCUGGUCAGUUCCCCAUGCCGGGUCAGCCUGAGCUGUAG